AUUUUAAAUACAAUUGGCGAAUUAUCAGUAUUUAUUUAACUUCUGUGUCAUCAUUAUUAUUGCGAAUUUUACAUUCAUCAAAUCCUAUUUGUAUAAGUGCAAAUUAUUGAUUUUGCAGUGCAAUUUACUGAGCGGACCGUUGAAAAACUGCGUUGUAAGUUUGUAAGUGCGUUUUAUUCGCAAAGUUCGCAAAGUUACGGUCUAAUAAAACCGGAAAAAAUACCAGUGUUUCAGUUAAUUUUGAUUCGCAAAUAUGCAAAUUUUUACGGAUACCUUAAUUGCCGAGCUUUGUUCGUGCACCGAUAUUUGUACAUCGUCGCCUUUACUAACUGAGCUCCAAAUAAGCGGGAUUAUCACGGAAGUCCUCGUUUCUAAAAUUGAAAGUGACUCAGACCCGAAACGGCGAGCACUUCGUUUGUACACUUUCCUAAAGAAUAAUGCCGUCGACGAAGCUCUUCCAACGGUGAAAGAAGCCCUGAAAAAAUCUGCAAAUACGAAAGCCUUGAGGGCGUUAGAAUCCGCGAUAUCGCAACAAAGUGACCAGUCCAAUGUCAGUGCCAGUGUGGGAACGAAUGCUGCUCCUAGCGCCACCAAUGAACCCACCCCCACUCUCAUCACUGGAGAUGUCAAAGUGUCCGACAUAGCCUCAAUUUUGAACACAAGUGAUGAAAUUAUCGAAAAUCUGACCACAUUUUACCCGCGAUUUCCAAAAGUCAGGUUAAGCGAUAUGAAACAAUUUCUGGACAAGUUUAACAAUGGGUCAACGAAUUCGAGAGACGUUAUCCGAAAGGUCUUAACUUCAUGGAAGGGGAAGAACGGAAAUAACGCCACCGUCGCUGGUCUGAUCACCAUUUUGGAGAAAGAAGACGCUGACGGGCUUUGUUUUAUGGAGGCUGCAAAAAGUUUGAGAAAAAAGUACAACUUGGAUUGCUCCAUACUGGAUGGAUAGAUACAAAUUUUGGGGAAAAUUGGCAUUUAAUUUAGAUAAUCUUAAUUUAAUUUUAACAGUUAAGACGAGACGUGACGUCUAAAAACGUGUCUAUAAAUAUUGCAAUAAUAAAUCACGUGCUUAAAAUUUAUUUCUCACUAAUUCAAAA